AUGGAGAAAUGGAGUUCAACAAAUGCAGUCAAGUGUGGCUUCACUCCUGUCCUUAACCAUACUGUGUAUCUUUAUGUUGUGAAUCAUCCCCAUGUGGAGUCCACUGUGGAGAUAUUUAAAUUUGAGGAACAACAACGUUCUCUGGUUCACCUGAAAAUUAUAGAACACGAACUUCUCCAAAGUGUGAAUGACAUUGUAGUUCUCGGACCAGAAGAGUUCUAUGCCACCAGAGACCACUAUCUCACCGGCUACUUGUCACUAUUAGAGCUGAUCAUGGAUCUUCACUGGACUUACGUUCUUUUCUAUAGUCCAAGAGAAGUCAAAGUAGUGGCCAGAGGAUUUAGUUCUGCCAAUGGGAUCACAAUCUCACCAGACAAAAAGUAUAUCUAUGUAGCUUAUGUAAUGGACAAGAACAUUCAUGUAAUGAAAAUGCAUGAUAACUGGGAUUUAACUCGACUGAAGGUAAUACAGUUGGGCAUGCUCAUGGAUAACUUAACUGUUGAUCCUGACACAGGAGAUAUUCUGGCAGGAUGCCAUCCUAAUGCCAUGAAGCUGUUCAUCUAUAACCCUGAGGAUCCUCCAGGGUCAGAAGUUCUUCAAAUCCAUAAUGUUCUGUCUGAGAAGCCCCAGAUAAGCACUGUGUAUGUCAAUAAUGGCUCUGUGCUUCAGGCCAGCACUGUGGCUUCGGUAUAUAACAGGAAGCUUCUCAUAGGAACCAUAUAUCACAAAGCUCUGUACUGUGUGCUCUAGACUCCAGAUAAUCCGAAAAGUCUACAUGUUUGGUAAAAGUAAACUCAUUCUAUGAGAAG